GCAGCGUUCGCCGGUUCUGAUCGGGCUGCGCCGGCUCCUUCCCGCUCCCAGCCCUCGGAACCGAGUUCUUACUCCUCCCCUCACCCGCCACGAGUUCCACGAUUCGCGGUGUAGCUCCGCCCCUGUCCCCGAGUCCGCCCCCGCGACCUCCCGAGCUUGUGCUCUCCUUUCCCCUCAGUCUCCUGCCGUCCAGCGGCCCUGGGUCUCGCGCUCCGCAAAGCGACGGGAGUCUCUCCCGCCUCGUUCCUACGCCUCCGCGCGCUCUCCUUCAGCAGCCACCGCGUAACCCACCCGCAGCUCGCUGUCUCGGACCCGGACUCCGGGUCGCGCGCCCUGACUCCGCCUACUUCCCCCCGCGGACUCGCGCCCUCGGGGCCCGGCCUCUCACUCGCGCAGGCCGCCGAGCGCUCGCCUCGCGCUUGCCUCGCGCUUCCCAGGCGCUCUCGCGCUUUCCCAGGCGAGCGCGCUCCCGGCCCGCGCGCUCCGGCCUCUGGCUUUUCCCGGCUCCCGUCAGUGCGGUGACUGCGCUGGGAAACAUGGCGACCGAGGGAAUGAUCCUAACUAACCACGACCAUCAAAUCCGGGUCGGAGUCCUCACAGUGAGUGAUAGUUGCUUCAGGAAUCUUGCAGAAGAUCGCAGUGGGAUAAAUCUCAAAGAUCUUGUACAAGAUCCUUCUUUGUUGGGUGGGACUAUAUCAGCAUACAAGAUAGUACCAGAUGAAAUAGAAGAAAUCAAGGAAACCCUGAUAGAUUGGUGUGAUGAAAAGGAACUUAAUUUGAUAUUAACAACUGGAGGAACAGGGUUUGCGCCACGAGAUGUCACUCCAGAGGCCACAAAAGAAGUAAUAGAACGGGAAGCGCCAGGGAUGGCCCUGGCAAUGCUGAUGGGAUCACUUAAUGUUACACCUCUGGGCAUGCUCUCUAGGCCUGUAUGUGGAAUCAGAGGGAAAACUCUGAUAAUUAACUUGCCAGGUAGCAAGAAAGGAUCUCAGGAAUGCUUUCAGUUCAUACUGCCAGCCCUACCUCAUGCCAUUGACCUUUUACGUGAUGCCAUUGUAAAAGUAAAAGAAGUGCAUGAUGAACUUGAAGAUUUACCUUCCCCACCACCACCUCUUUCCCCUCCUCCCACAACUAGCCCCCAUAAACAGACAGAAGACAAAGGGGUUCAGUGUGAAGAAGAGGAAGAAGAGAAGAAAGACAGUGGUGUUGCUUCAACAGAAGAUAGUUCUUCAUCGCAUAUAACUGCAGCAGCCAUUGCGGCCAAGAAGCAUCCAUUCUACACCAGUCCUGCUGUUAUCAUGGCACACGGUGAGCAGCCCAUCCCUGGUCUCAUCAGUUAUUCCCAUGAUGCAACAGGCAGUGCAGAGGAACCGAUUCCAGACUCCAUCAUUUCUCGUGGCGUUCAGGUGCUCCCACGAGACACAGCCUCCCUCAGCACUACUCCUUCAGAAUCUCCUCGUGCUCAGGCUACAUCUCGCCUAUCUACAGCUUCCUGCCCAACACCAAAACAAAUUAGACGGCCGGAUGAAAGCAAAGGAGUUGCUAGUAGAGUUGGAUCCCUCAAAGUCCAGUCCAGGUGCAGCAGCAAGGAGAACAUUCUCAGAGCCAGUCACAGUGCUGUUGAUAUCACCAAGGUGGCUAGAAGACACCGCAUGUCUCCUUUUCCUCUAACAUCUAUGGACAAAGCCUUUAUCACAGUCCUGGAGAUGACUCCGGUGCUUGGGACAGAAAUCAUCAACUACCGAGAUGGAAUGGGGCGAGUCCUUGCUCAAGAUGUAUAUGCAAAAGACAACCUACCCCCGUUCCCAGCAUCAGUAAAAGAUGGCUAUGCUGUCCGAGCUGCCGAUGGCCCAGGAGAUCGUUUCAUCAUUGGGGAAUCCCAAGCUGGUGAACAGCCGACUCAGACAGUAAUGCCAGGACAAGUCAUGCGGGUUACAACAGGUGCUCCAAUCCCCUGUGGUGCUGAUGCAGUAGUACAAGUGGAAGAUACUGAACUGAUCAGGGAAUCUGAUGAUGGCACUGAGGAGCUUGAAGUACGAAUUCUGGUGCAAGCUCGGCCAGGCCAAGAUAUCAGACCCAUUGGCCAUGACAUUAAAAGAGGGGAAUGUGUUUUGGCCAAAGGAACCCACAUGGGCCCCUCAGAGAUUGGUCUUCUGGCAACUGUAGGUGUCACAGAGGUUGAAGUUAAUAAGUUUCCAGUGGUUGCAGUCAUGUCAACAGGGAAUGAGCUGCUAAAUCCUGAAGAUGACCUCUUACCAGGAAAGAUUCGAGACAGCAAUCGUUCAACCCUCUUAGCAACAAUUCAGGAACAUGGUUACCCCACAAUCAACUUGGGAAUUGUGGGAGACAACCCAGAUGACUUACUCAAUGCCUUGAAUGAGGGUAUCAGUCGUGCUGAUGUCAUCAUCACAUCAGGGGGUGUGUCCAUGGGGGAAAAGGACUAUCUCAAGCAGGUGCUGGACAUUGAUCUUCAUGCCCAGAUCCAUUUUGGCAGGGUUUUUAUGAAACCAGGCCUGCCAACGACAUUUGCAACUUUGGAUAUUGAUGGUGUAAGAAAAAUAAUCUUUGCACUACCAGGGAAUCCUGUGUCAGCCGUGGUCACCUGCAAUCUCUUUGUUGUGCCUGCACUGAGAAAGAUGCAAGGCAUCUUGGAUCCUCGGCCAACCAUCAUCAAAGCCAGGUUAUCAUGUGAUGUAAAACUGGAUCCUCGCCCAGAAUACCAUCGGUGUAUACUGACUUGGCAUCACCAAGAACCGCUACCUUGGGCACAGAGUACAGGUAAUCAGAUGAGCAGCCGUCUGAUGAGCAUGCGCAGCGCCAACGGAUUAUUGAUGCUUCCUCCAAAGACAGAGCAGUACGUGGAGCUCCACAAGGGCGAGGUGGUGGACGUCAUGGUCAUCGGACGGCUAUGAUGGUCACCAGCGGGAGAAAGCUUUGAUGCAUGUCUACAUACCAUUGACUGUAUCCUGUAAUAUGCAACGGCACAGCUAGUUUUUCUGAUUUGGAUAAAAGUUGAUCUGUAUGGUCAACAUCUUGAACUAUAUUUCAAAAGAAUUUAAAUACCUUUUAAAGAAAAAAAACACCUAAAAAUAAAUCUUAACAGACAACUCUAUUCUGAUUAUAUCAAAGCAGAUUUUUCCUUUCUUGCAAAUUACUUUGUGUGUUCAAUGCUAGGUCUGAUAGCGAUAGCUUUUAGUAGACAGCAGUAGGUGCCUGCAGAACUUGUGUUUUUCUCAUCUUUAAAAUACAACUACUUAUGCUCUUAAAUCAAGGCUGUCUGCUUAUUUAUACUAUCGUAGGCAACACUUGGAUUUCCCUUCUUAGUAUGCUUCAUAACCGCUUUACAGAGAGCUUUUGCUUGUUCUUUAUCAUGUAUCUCGUGUUUAUGUGCACAGUGCCAAACAAAGAGUGACUGGGUGGUGGCCCUGCCCUGCCUCAAGGAGAACCAUCCCCGCAGAGCGUUCGGGGGUGGGGGGGCCUCGCAUCCCAGUAGCCUCAUGGCACAGUACUCUUGGGCAGUAACUGGAUACCUUUUAUUUGAACAAACAAACUGGGGGGAAAAAAUGCUUCCUUAAGUGCUGACAGCCUUUUUAACCAAUACAUUUAAAAUUGUACAGAAUAAAAAAUAAAAUCAAAGACUGAUCUUGUACAGAUAUUAGUGUUACCAGCAUUCAUGUGGAAAUCAAGAGCAAAGAAAAAACAAUGUUAAACAGCUCUGUACCAUAACAUUUUCUGUAAUGAUACUGAAACUUAAUGAAUAAAAAAAAUCCUCGAUCAUUAUUUAAAA